UUGACACCAGACUCUCCUCCAGAGUUCAUGCCUGGAGGGCUGGGUCCUUUAAUUGGAAUUCUUUUAUGUGGCAGGGAGCCUGCCAGGAAUGAAAAAGAGAAGGCGAAAGAGUGGGCGGCUGCAGAAGGCAGGGCCAUCCCAGGAGUCUGGACCCUGAAGGCUCCAGUGUGAGGAUCCCUUCUGGCUGCUUUCCUCUGUGGUUGACGCUUCUGCUUGGGGCUGCCAGGCAAGUACUGUGGCAGAAUGUGUGGCAAGUUUCUGAGGCAGCUGUUGGCUAAGGAGAGCCAGCAUUCCACCCCCGUGGGGCGCUUCCUGCUUCCGGUGCUGGUGGGAUUCCGCCUCCUGCUCCUGGUUUCCAGUGGACCUGGGGUCUUCGGUGAUGAUGAGAACGAAUUCAUGUGUCAUUUAGGACAACCAGACUGCAAGACCAUAUGUUAUGAUGUCUUCCGCCCCCUUUCUCCACUGCGCUUCUGGGCCUUCCAAGUCAUCUUGAUGGCUGUACCCAGUGUGGUUUAUAUGGGUUUCACUAUGUAUCAUGUGAUUGGAUACUGGGAGGAACCAGAAAAAGGGAACAAGGAACAAGAGUUUCGGAUUUGCAAGGGGGAUCGCAGCAAGGAUGUCUCAGGGACUGGAAGCCUCAAGCUUCUUUGGGCCUAUGUGGCACAGCUUGGGGCGCGGCUGGUCCUUGAGGGAGCAGCUCUGGGACUUCAAUACCAUCUCUAUGGCUUCAAGAUGCCCAGCACUUUUCUAUGUCGUGAGGAUCCUUGCAUCGGCAGCACAACCUGUUUCCAGUCGCACCCCUCUGAGAAGACCAUCCUCCUCAACACCAUGUUUGGGAUUAGUGGGGCCUGUCUCUUGUUUACUUCCUUGGAGCUUAUGCUUUUGGGUUUAGGAAGGCUUUGGAGCAUGUACAAGGACAAACUCCCCCGUUUAAAAAACUUGCCAACCUCAAAGAACUCUGUACGGCGCAAGGACCCAGCUGAUGACUUGACAGUGGUGGAGACAAAAGAACCAUUUUGAGAAGCAGAGUUAUGAAGUUACCUGCCUUGCUUGAAGAAAACCCUGUGACUGGAUCUUCCUCCAUACAUCCAGUGAGAUGGCACAGUGGGUCAAGACGCUUGUCACCAAGCCUCAUGAUCUGAGAACCCACAUGAAGAAGGGAGAAAACCCACCCCAACAAGAUGUCCUCUGACUUCCAUAUACAUACCAUGGCAUUCACGCACACACAUGCACACACACAUACA